AUGUUUGAUCGGAAGCGAUAUAAUUUUUAUUCAUUUAAGAUACAUUCUGACUUCUACAGCGUUCUUGAGGACAAAUUGAUACUGGCAGGGCUCUGUGAAAGCAAACGUCUAGUCAAUUUCUUCAUGGAGAAAAAACUCAGCCGAGGAAAGAUGAAGAGAUCCGUCGGAAGACUGUUGAUUAAGUUCAAAAGACCUAUUUGUGCGGUAAUGAUGCUAAUCUUUCUCAUAUUUUGGAUUAGAGAUGGAAGAAAUCAGGGUUCUCCACAUGGAAUUUUAAAUCAAAGUGCGAAAGAAUCGUCCGUGAGAUUUCCUCGAUCGCUGCUUGACAGCUAUAUGGGGCACGAACAUAACGGAAAGGAUAGGUGGACGUGGACACCUUCGUGGAUACGGUCGCUGUAUAAGGGUAGCCAGGAUCCUGAAAUUGUGAUUAUUCUUGCUGCAAAUGAGGGCGGUGGAGUCUUGAAAUGGAAAAAUGAGCAAGAAUGGGCAAUUGAAAGAAUUUCGAUCGAUAACAAAAAGGCCUAUGCGAAACGACAUGGGUAUGGACUCACUAUCAAGGAUUUGACCGUCGCAAAAAGGUACUCUCAUGAGUUCAGAGAGGGUUGGCAGAAACUCGAUAUCUUAAGACAAACGAUGAGAGAAUUUUCAACUGCUAAGUGGUUUUGGUGGUUGGACAUGGAUACACUAAUCAUGGAACCACAAAAAUCUUUAGAAGAACAUAUCUUCAACGGGUUAUACAAUAUCACCGAUAGAACGUUAGAAAACUUUAACCCGUUGAAUAUCGAAUUAGACAUACCAUAUGUAAACUAUGAGGAAGAGCUAAAUCUGUUGAUCACACAGGAUUGUGGCGGAUUUAACUUGGGUUCCUUUUUCAUUAAAAACACUGAAUGGUCGAAACUUCUCCUAGAUUUGUGGUGGGAACCAGCUCAUUAUGAACAUAACCAUAUGAUUUGGGAACACAAAGAACAAGAUGCGUUAGAAGCACUGUAUAGUAGCGAAGGAUGGAUUAGAUCAAGAGUAGGAUUUUUGCCCUUGAGGACAAUCAAUUCAUUCCCAGAGGGCGCCUGUUCAGAGUAUGGCGGGGAUAAACGUUUUUUCUAUGAUGAUACGGAAGAUGACUUCGUUGUCAACAUGGCGGGAUGUAAUUUUGGUAGAGACUGUUGGAGUGAAAUGCAACGGUUCUCACUCAUACUAGAGCAAAAGAGCAAGAAAUGGUACAAUAAAAUAUUCUUCUGA